AUGAAGCCGCCCGUGUUGACUGCUCCUAUUCAUGCCCUGCUUGCUCAAGAAAAUGACAACGGGAAAGAGAAUGCCCUCUACUAUCUUAGUAGAAUGAUGACCCCAAAUGAGUUAAAAUACUCUCCAAUUGAGAAGCUAUGUUUGGCACUCGUGUUCGCCAUUAAAAAGCUUAAGCACUACUUUGAAGCUCACAUCAUUCAACUUGUGUCGAAAGCGAACCCGGUAAAGUUUGUUAUGGCAAAGGUCGUUCUCUCUGACCGCCUGGCAAGGUGGUAUUUAUUGUUUCAGCAAUUUGAAAUCGUCUAUGUGCCACAAAAGUCUGUCAAGGGGCAAGCUUUAGCCGAUUUCUUAGCAGAUCACCCAAUACCAGCUGAAUGGGAAUUAUCUGAUGACCUACCUGAUGAGGAUGUGCUUAUCAUCGAAGUCCUACCCCCAUGGAAGAUGUAUUUUGAUGGAGCUGCGCAUAGAGGAGGGGCAGGAGCUGGAGUUGUGUUCAUCACCCCGGAAGGUGAAGUGUUGCCAUAUUCAUUCACCUUGACAGAGCCGUGUUCAAACAAUGUUGCUGAGUAUCAAGCAUUGAUACUGGGACUAGAGAUAGCAGUUGACAUGAAGCAGCUGAGAAUUAACAUCUAUGGAGAUUCAAAGUUGGUCGUCAACCAAGUGAUGGAUCUGUACGAAGUGAGGAAAGCAGAGUUAAUCCCGUACAACAACUACGCAAAGAUACUCAUACAAUGGUUGGGGGACGUCACGAUUGAACAUGUACCAAGGAAAGAGAACAAGCAAGCUGACGCCUUAGCCGCAUUGGCUUCAACUAUUGCUCAUCCUACAGCUCGAGUACAAGUAUGUCAAAAGUGGGUAGUUCCACCUAUCUUCAACGAAGUUGGCUCAGUCGAUGAAACUGUUGAACUCCCUACUGCUUCCGUUUACGACAUUGGCCAAGAUGACUGGAGGCAGCCGUUGAUUGACUACUUCACUGAUGGGAAGUUACCAGAAGAUCCUCGCAAGAGGGUGGAUAUAAAGCGACGAGCUCCUCGCUUCAUAUACUAUAAUGAGANAAAAUGCAGGUGCUACAUACCAAAGGGCUAUGCAGAGAAUAUUUGA